AUGGCGCUGCAGCCAGAACAUGAAGUCAAGGAGGCUAAAAAGAACCCAGAGUCUGGUGCAGGCUCCUCCCUGCGGCGCUUCACCUGGGAGGAGAUCGGGCUCCGCACGGGCCGGGGGCACCCGCAGCAGGAGCGGUGGCUGGUGAUCGACAGGAAGGUCUAUGACAUCAGCCAGUUCUACCGGCAGCACCCGGGGGGUGCCCAGGUCAUCAGUCACUUCGCGGGACAAGACGCCACGGAGGCCUUUGUCACAUUCCAUGUCAACCAUGCACUGGUGAGAAAAUACAUGAGCUCACUGCUGAUUGGGGAGCUGGCACCAGAUGAAAUCAGCAUGAAGCCCAGCAAAAACAAACUGCUGGUAGAGGAUUUCCGUGAGCUACGCGCCACCAUUGAAAGGAUGGGACUUCUGAACCCCAACGGCCUCUUCUUCUUCCUGAAUUUCCUGCAAAUUCUGCUGCUAGAGGCUGCCAGCUGGAUCACUCUCUGGUACUUUGGGACUUCCCUAGUACCGUUCCUCAUCUCUGCAGUGCUGCUGACAACCUCCCUGUCCCAAGCUGGGUAUCUGCAACAUGAUUUGGGACACUUCUCAGUAUUCAGCAAGCCCAAAUGGAACCACGUGGUUCAAAAGUUUGUGAUAGGCCAACUGUUGGGCUUGCCGGCCAGCUGGUGGAAUCUAAGGCAUGCCCAACAUCAUGCUAAAACCAACUGCUUCCUCAAGGAUCCUGAUCUCAAUAUGCACCCUUGGUUUACUUUAGGGAAGGUGCUCUCUGUGGAGCUUGGGAUGAAGAAGAAGUUCAUGCCUUACAACCAUCAGCACAAGUACUACUUUGUCACACUGCCCCCAUUCCUGUUUCCUGUCUACUUCCAAUACUUUCCACUGCACAAGACAAUCCAGAGAAGAGACUGGGCGGACCUGGCCUGGAUGCUGAGCUUCUACAUCCGAUUCUUUCUCACUUACGAGCCCUUACUGGGGGUGAAGAGUCUCCUGGGGUUCUAUCUGCUGAUCAGGGUUCUGGAGAGUAUCUGGCUUGUCUGGGUGACACAAAUGAAUCACAUCCCAAUGAACAUUGAUUACGAUAAAAACCUGGACUGGUUCUCUACCCAGCUCCAGGCAACAUGCAACGUGGAUCAGUCCCUGUUCAAUGACUGGUUCACUGGGCAUCUGAACUUCCAUAUUGAGCAUCACCUUUUCCCCACAAUGCCUCGACACAAUUACUGGAAGGUGGCCCCCCUGGUGAAGUCCCUGUGUGCCAAGCACAGCAUUGAGUACCACUGCAAGCCCCUUCUCACUGGCUUUGCAGACAUUGUGCACUCUCUGAAGGAUUCUGGGGAGCUCUGGCUUGAUGCCUAUCUGCAUAAAUAAGCAGCAGCACCAUGAGACAUUCCAAAUACAGCAGAAAAAAACAAACAGACAAAACCAUGAAGCCUCUGUAAGGCUAGCAGAUAUUGGAGAUGGGAAAGCCUGGCCAGUAGGAGGUGGCAGUUGGUGGGAAAGUUUGAUUCCAGGAAUGAUGUUUGGUUUUUAAAAACCCAUUCAUUUUCCUACACAUGCUUCUUCCUUUGCUUCUCUUCUGGGGCUCAGAAAUGGGAAGAGUGUUCUUGUUCUGUGUUUGUACAGCACCAAGCACAAUGGAGUCCUGGUCCAAGACUAGGUCUCCUAGCACCACUCUAAUGCAAGUAAUAAAUUAAAAUAAGGACAAUACAUUUUUGCAUCAAGGAUGUGGGGUUCAGGCCCCCCAAAGAGAAGGCGCUUUAGGAGUGCAAACAGCAGCCACUCUGUUUUAUUUUAUUCUCACUAUCGCUGCCCUAAAAUAUUUUCCUAAUUCUUUCCGUGUUCUUCUCUAUUUUAGAUUGUAAUCUCAUUUGGGUAAAGCAUGGGUCUUACUGCUUGUAAAAGUCACGAAUACAUCUAAAUAAACAUUUACACUCUGUCUGUGUGGAAGCUUGUUCAGCUCCAUCCUACCAAGAACUUCCA